AUGCUCUGUCUGAUCCCGAAGUGCGGCCAAGCUUUCCAUCCCGACCGCAUCGGCAACGUCACCUGCCCCGUCUGCCAUGCUGAUCUCGCAUCGCAGCCGGCCGGCAACUCGGCAAGUCAACUCCCAUGGUCAGGCCCCUAUCCGCCCUGGGUCAAGUUGAGGUUCGAGGCGGCUCCGCCCCAUGGCGGUGCGCUGGCAGCUUCAAUAUCCGCAACCGAACACGUGACUCGGGGGAUUAGGAGGUUUUCUCGUUCGCACUCGACUGGGCACUCGCUAGUCCGACUGAAUGACAACACCGAGCGCUUAGCUGCGGUGCGGAAGCAAUUGAUGGACCGACCUGGGCUGGUCCUGCCACGGGAAGGUUGCUUGAGGAGAGGAAACGGAUGGGGAGGCGAAGGGAGCAACUGA